AUGAAAAAAGCAGAAAGUUCGAAUAGUUCUUCAAAAUAUAAAAUAAUUCUAGGAGGUUUUUUGAUACAUUGUACUUUAGGUAGUAUUUAUUGUUUUUCCAAUAUUAGUGUUUAUAUUAUAUCUUAUAUGAAAAUUAUAGGAUGUUCUAGUGUUAAAUAUAAAGAUAGUAGUUGGAUAUAUGUGUUAACAUUAAUUUUUCAAUGUUUCUUUGGUUUUUUUGGAGGAAUAUUAAAUCAAAAUUUAGGACCUCAAAUUAGCGUUUUAUUAGGUGGAUGGUUAAUGUGUUUGGGGAUUUUAUUAUCAUAUUUUACUGUAUUUAAUUUCUAUUUAUUUUUGAUGACUUAUGGAAUAUUGUGCGGAAUAGGUUGUGGAAUUGCAUAUCCUAUUCCUUUAUCCGUUGCAGUUAAAAAACAUUACGACUACAAAGGGGUGAUAAGUGGAAUUAUAUUCAUAGGAAGAGGAUUGUCUGUUUUUAUUAUAUGCCCUUUACAAAAUUAUUUUAUAAAUAAAUAUAAUUAUAUGCCAGAUUAUAUACCAGAAAUGGAAGAUUCAGGUGAAAAAUAUUUUAGUAACUUAGAUAUAUUAAAUAAAGUUCCCUAUUUAUUUAUAUAUGAAGGGAUUUUUUUUGCUAUAAUUCAAUUUAUUGGUGCUUGUUUAAUUUCUGAUUCAAAAGAGAAAUCUAAGGAAUUUAUGACAUUUACUGAUAAAAACAGUAAACUCUUAUAUUUUGAUGAGAAAAGUUUUUCCAACAAAAAUAAUGGAAUAUCAAAUUCUAUGAAAACUUUAUCGAAUACGUCUAAUUUUUCUUACAAAGAAACUAGCAAUACGUUUAUUAAUCGUAAUUUUAUAUUAAUUUGGCUAAUGAUUUUUUUUAAUUGGCAAGCAAUUUCCUACACCCAAGUGUUUUGGAAAAUAUUUGGAUUAAAUUAUUUAUAUAUUGAUGAUAGAUCUUUAUCCAUAUUAGGAGCUGUAUCUUCUCUUUUUAACAUAUUUGGAAGACUUUUUUGGGGAUUGAUAAGUGACUUAACUAAUUUUAAAAUAGCCUUAAUAUUAAUGAGUUUACUGAUGAGUUUUUUAACAGUUACAUUAACAUUGUCAGGAUUAUAUGGAAUAAUAACAUACUCUAUUUGGGUAUGCCUUAUUUUUUUUUGUCAUGCAGGAACUUUUUCAAUAUUUCCAUCUAUAACUGCACACACAUUUGGAACAAAAAAUUUUGGUCCAAUAUUUGGUCUUCUUUUUACUGCAAGAGCAUUUUCUAGUAUUAUUAAUGCGAUGAUUUCAGCUGUCUUGUUAAAUAAUAUUGGAAAUAUUGCAAUGUGUGCAAUAGUUUCCAUAUCAUCUUUUGUGAGUAUUAUGCUAGCAGUAGUUUUUUAA